CUGUUUACGUGCUCGAGACCUCCAUUUUACGUCCCUUCCGAAAGACGAUGAUGCAAUACAUGUUAUCCGAGCUGAGCCGACCCUGGGAUCGACCGUAAAGUCGGAGUGCCUGUCAAGUUACCUUCUUUGGUCACGCUUCAAGUUUCAUGUCUUCAAGGUCAACCGCUCCACGUCUUGAAGGAUCUUGUAGGAAACCUAGCGGGGCGUAACACUCGAUGGCAGCGGGUCAAGUACACGUUCAGUAGAUUACGAGUUCUUCGUUCGCGGAACGUCUCUUGUUCCAGAGCUGUGACUGAGUUCUUCCAAAUAACCGAGUAUAUACUGUCUUAACAACAGUCAACUACAAGUAGUAGGUCUGCAACUAGCCAGGGCUAGGGGUUCGCAGGGGUUCUUUUUCUUCUCGCACACGUGUGAUCACGUGUCGUUCGCGAACUCUAGCCAAGACAAGAGACGUGUCUUCACUACAGUCUACAUGCUUUCGCUCCAGAACUCCACGCACGCCCUUCCUCUGAGGGCCAGAGCUUCCAGAUCUUCCUUGCUGGUGUAUGGUUCGGGCAGGAGGGGGCAUACUCUGCAGAACAACCGGAGACUAACCUCUGCUUGGAGAGUAGAGGAGGCAUGCAAGAAGGUGUUUCAUGGUCUGCUCUUAACUGCAGUCACAAGCAAUCUGUCCAUCUGGGCUCUGAUACCCAAGAGACCACGUCUAGCGAAAUAAUAGACAAGGACAACAACAACGAUCGGACCCAAUCGCCAUGGCUGCGGAGGGUGAGCUGCAAUUCAGUGGUUGGGACUACGCCGUGUUCUCGGUCAUGUUCGGCGUCUCCGUUGCCAUCGGCUUCUACUACGCCUGUACGGGCGGCAAGCAGCGAACACAGCGGGAGUAUCUCAUGGCCGACCGCUCCAUGUCGGUUCUACCCGUGAGUCUGUCCCUCCUCGCGUCCUUCAUGUCCGCUCUCACCGUCCUCGGCACCCCGGCGGAGGUCUACACCAACGGGACCAUGUACUGGAUGUUCGCAGUCACCUACGUCAUCGUGAUCGUGCUGACGGCUCACCUGUUCCUGCCGACCUUCUACAGACUCGGGGUCACGAGUACUAACGAGUACCUGGAGAAGAGGUUCAACAAGGCUGUGCGGACACUUGGCGCAAUCUUCUUCACAAUCAACAUGAUAAUUUACAUGGGGCUGGUCCUGUACGCACCAUCAUUAGCGUUGAAUGCAGUGACGGGACUGAACCUGUGGGUGGCCGUACUGACUAUGGGGAUUGUCUGCACAUUUUACACCGCAAUAGGCGGUAUGAAGGCUGUGAUGUGGACCGACACGUUCCAGGUGUGUGUGAUGCUGGCGGGGUUUCUCGCCGUCAUCAUCCAGGGCACGCUGGUGGCCGGGGGCUGGGGACACGUCUGGGAAACAGCACGGCAGGGCCACAGGAUAGAGUUCUUCAACUGGGAUCCUGACCCGAAGGUGCGGCACUCCACGUGGACGGUGUGGGUGGGCGGUGUUUUCGUCUUUACUGCUGUGUACGGAGUGAACCAGGCACAAGUGCAGCGCUACUGCAGCUGCGCUACACUCCGCAAGGCUCAAACAGCCCUGUACCUGAACAUCCUGGGCCUGGGAAUCAUCCUGACCCUAGCCUGCAUGUCGGGACUGGUCAUCUACGCCCGUUACCAUGACUGUGACCCCAGGCUGGCGGGGCACAUCUUCAACAGCGAUCAGCUGAUGCCCUACCUGACGAUGGACUUGCUGGGCCACCUUCCCGGCAUGCCCGGCCUCUUCACUGCUGCAGUGUUCAGUGCAGCUAUAAGUACCAUGUCCUCCGGACUGAACUCUCUGGCUGCUGUGACGUUAGAAGACUUCACCAAACCGCUGACCAGAAGUAAGGGGUGGUCGGACCUCAGAUACACGGUCAUCUCCAAGGUUCUGGUAUUCACGUACGGGUCAGUGAUGAUAAUGAUGUCAUACAUGGCCUCCUUCCUCGGCUCUAUUAUACAGGCAGGCUUGAGCAUGUUCGGCACCAUUGGAGGUCCGAUUCUCGGUAUAUUUGUGCUCGGGAUGCUGUUUCCUUGCGCAAAUGGAAAGGGCGGUUUUGCGGGGCUGUUCUGCAGUCUGGUCAUCACCAUGUGGCUGGGGUUCGGCCAGUUUGUCCACCCCUACCCACGAUGGAAACCGCCGCUUUCUAUCGCCGGGUGUAUCCAUGGCAACGGAACCGGAAACGUCACGAGUGCAGCGGAAAUGACGACAGUUGCAGCGGAAAUGACGACGGUUGCAGCGUUCGACGUUACGACUGCUGCAAUGUCGACCUCGGGAAGCUCGCCAGGCUCCGGGAUCUACGGCAUGUCGUACCUGUGGCUGGGAGGGGUGGGCGUGCUCAGCUGUGUCGUCAUAGGACUGGCAGUCAGCUUUAUAACAGGAGCUCAGGAUCCAAAGAAGAUCGACCCAAAACUCAUCAGUCCCUUCUUUGACCAGCUGUGCUGCUGUCUGCCUCUCAGGGUGAGAAAAACACUCAGGUGUGGCGUGAAACACGGUGAGACGAUAUCGGACUUCCUGCCAAACAUGACCAGCACGCCGUACAAGAGGAGACCGUGGGACCUGGACGCUGAUGACGUAGAGAUGAAGCGCCUGUCCCGGGACAGCAGGUCGUCUGAUCGUUACCAUGACAACAGCGUGCCAGUACAGGAGCUGAAGAACGAGCUUAUAUAUUACCACACUUCAGUUUGACGUCUGACCUUCACCAUGACAACAGCUUGUUGGAGCAGGAGCAGAAGAAUGUCAGUGUGACCUCUAACCUUCACCAUGACAACAGCUUGUUGGAACAGGAGCAGAAGAAUGUCAGUGUGACCUCUGACCUUGACCAUGACAACAACUUGUAGGAAUAGGAGCAGGAGAACGUCAGCGUGACCUCUAACCUUCAUCUGAAGAGAAGUUACAGCUUUUUUGCAACAGGAGCAGAAGAACGAGCAUAUAAUGUUAGUUCCACCUUUAUCCGUAGGGUAACCUAUAUCCGUUGUAUAUGAAAAUAGGGUAUUUGGAGAUCGUUAAGUCGUUGGGAUGUAGUUUCACAUUGCAAUAUCUUGAAAAUGAUAACAUUUGAAACCCACGUCGUUGGCCGGAAUUCUCUAAAUACCCAUUUUUUUUAAAACAACGCAUCUAGAUUACCCCACAGAUUAAGGUGAACUAGCGUUACAUGUAUAUUGCAUCUCUUACUGUAUUCAAAGGCAGGAUUUAACUACUAGUUCCAGCUUUAAUUAAAGCCUUAUUCAAUGUUUAAAAGCUUACCUCUUGGUGGCAAAUCUGCAUUUUUUUGUGCACCAGGUCUAAACCCGUAUGUGUUUUGUUGGUACACUGUUGACAGAAUUAGCCAAGAGGCUCGGUGGGCGUCACUUCACAGUCAUUGUGGGUGUAUCGUGUAAAAUGUCUUUCCCAACGGCACAACGCCUGGGCCUAUUGGUUCUGAGCCUAAUGCUCUACGCCACAACGACGCCAAUGUAAGCCUGCUACGAUGUGUGUAUGUCUGUAUGAUAUGUUAGACCUGUAUCUGAUGAUUGUGUCCGGUUUGUCAGGGUAAAGGUAUAUAUGCACUAUAUGUGUAUGACCCAAUGUAAUGAAAGAGUAACAUGAAAACGUAAUGCAAUACACCGUUUGUAAAGAGGGCAUAAUUCAGCCCUUGGCUACAAUGCCUUUUAAUGAAUAAACCAAUUGAUUGUACGCUUUGUAGUAGGCGUCUUGUUUUAAUGCAAGUGGUGGCGCACUCAAAUUGACAAACUU